CCUCGAGGGACCUUCACUCCCCCUUCCCCCUUCAAUUGAUACCCCGCCUUGACCCGGCACCUUUCACGACAUCCGUUUCUAUCACGCAUCCGCUGGUGUCCUUUUAGCUAAGCGACACCCCCGCUCCACCUGCAAUCACCCGCGUCCCUUGCCUCGUCAAUUUCGCCCACCCUUCACCCGUCACCCGCAACCAUGCCGGGCGUAAAGGACAUCGCUUACUACGCCGUCCACCCUACGCAACUGCGUUCAAUCAUUCAAUGGAAGGUCUGGCACAACCCCGUGCACGAGCGCGAUGAGUCCAAGGAGAGUGCGUCGCUGAAGCGAUGCUUCCACUUUCUUGCACAGACCAGUCGCAGCUUUGUCGCAGUCAUCCUUGAGUUGCAUCCCGACAUCCUCGUCUCCGUUGCCAUUUUUUACCUAGUCCUCCGGGGCCUGGACACUAUUGAGGAUGACAUGACGAUACCGCUGGCGAAGAAGGAGCCCAUACUGCGCGAUUUCCACAACAUCAUCGAGCAAGACGGCUGGACGUUCACGGAGAACGGUCCCAACGAGAAGGAUAGACAGCUAUGUGUCGAAUUCAACGUAGUGAUUGAGGAAUACAAGAAGCUCAAGCCCGCGCACCAGGCCAUCAUCAAGGACAUCACGAAGCGCAUGGGCAACGGCAUGGCUGACUAUGUAAAGAACGCCGAGUUCGGCAUCAACGACAAUGGUGUCAACACUGUCAAGGACUACGAGAAAUACUGCCAUUACGUGGCGGGACUUGUCGGCGAAGGUUGCACGCGGUUGUUCGUCGAGGAGGGCAAGGCAAACCCCGCUCUCCUAAAGCGGACUGAGCUUCACGAGUCCAUGGGCCAGUUCUUGCAGCAGGUCAAUAUCAUCCGUGAUAUCAAGGAAGACUUCGACGACAAGCGACGCUUCUGGCCGAAGGAAAUCUGGUCCAAGCAUGUGGACAACUUCGAGGACCUCUUCAAACCGGAGAACAAGGCCAAGGCCCUUGCCUGCAGCUCAGAAAUGAUCUUGACGGCACUGAGGCGCGCCGACGACUGCCUCUUCUACCUCGCUGGUAUCAAGGAGCAGAGUGUUUUCAACUUCUGCGCAAUUCCCCAGUCCAUGGCUAUCGCCACUCUCGAUGCCUGCUUCCAGAACUAUGACAUCUUCAAGCGGAAUGUCAAGAUCACGAAGGGUGAUGCUUGCCAGCUGAUGCUGGAGUCAACACAAAACCUUCAACUAGUGUGUGAUGUGUUCAAGCGAUACACACGUAAGAUCCACAAGAAGAACAAUCCUCAUGACCCGAACUUCCUCCAGAUUAGCAUCGCAUGCGGCAAGACCGAGCAGUUCAUCGAGAGCAUCUUCCCGUCACAGAAGCCGCCUGUCGACGAGAAGAAGAACCCAGUCAAUGCGGAGGAGGCCGCAAGGCUUAAGAAGGAGGCAGAAGAGACCAAAUGGGAGACCAUCUACAUGGUAUCGGCCGUCAUCGGUACCAUUCUAUUCAUCUCUGGGAUCAUGUUGGUCGUUGCCUGGUUUGCGGGCGCACGUUUCGACAUUGCCUUGAGCCAAGCCAAAGAACAACUAGGACAACUUUUUGGCUCGGGUGGUUCGAUCAAUGCCAGCGCACCCUUGGAUACGAAGCCGUCAACGGACCACAGCGAACUAUAAUCGCAUGUGGCGACGGCUCGAACGUUUAUCAUGUCUAUAUGUACUUAUAAUACUCGGCGAGUCCUUUCUUCCCGACAGGCAUGAGACCUGUAAGCAAAUACUAAUGUUUAGCUCACUGGUGCCUCUGCACCGCACUUCCCUUUGCUUUAUUCCUCGUGAUGCUAUAGCACGGAUGUCAAAUUGCAAUUCUGCCUUUCCCAUGGCUGUAGUUGUGCCGCUUUAGAAGUGCUUAUAUCAAGACGCGCCUUGCUCGGCGACGAGGCUGCUCCCAGCCUGGCUCUCUCAGUGGGCUAGGUUCGGAGUGGUGGCGUGAACAUGUCCUCUUGGACGUCAGGGAUAGUUGAAUCAAUACCUUUCUCCCAUC